CUGUCACGUGACCGGGAUCCCCUGUUCUCCCGGGAUGGAGGCGGAAGAGGGGACGCCGCUGUGGCGGCUGCAGAAGCUGCCUCCGGAGCGGGGCGCCCCGCUUCUUCACAAAAUCAUUGAUGGCAUGUGUGGCCGAGCCUAUCCCGCCCACCAGGAUUAUCACAGUGUUUGGGAGUCUGCCGAAUGGAAGCAAGUUCUGGAAGAUGUUACCACAUUUUUCAAAGCUGUAGUUGGCAAAAACUUUUCAGAUGAAGAGACACUCCAGCAGUUGAGCCAACUGAAUUCAUGUCAUCAGGAAGCUGUUAUGAAAUGCUUGAAGAGUAGGAAAAGCGAGAUCAAGCAGGUCCUGUUAGGAGAAAUAGUUGGUAUUUCUUGUGCGCAGCUACAGGAUUUUGAUUGGCAGUUAAAGCUCGCGCUUUCUAGUGACAAGAUCGCCACUUUACAGAUGCCAUUUUUAACCCUUCAUCUGGAUGUGAAGGAGAAUGACGAAGUGAAACCAUACUCCAUUGAAAUGAGUAAAGAGGAGCUACAGAAUCUAAUCAGUUCCUUGGAGGCAGCUAAUAAGGUGGUCCUGCAGUUAAAAUAACUGGAAAUGGUGAAUUUUCAACUGUCAUAUUUCACUGCUGCGCCGUGGCAAGCGAAUGCUGUGUUCAAGGGUGGAUGCUACAUCAGGCUGAGCAGGAAGCAUUGCUGAGAUUACAGAGAUGAAAAUCUGUCAGCAGUCCUAAAGCACAGGAAAUUGUGUGGCUGAUAGGGAAUGCAUAAAAUGAAAGAUGAAAAGGCUGAAGUCUCAGUUUGUGUUUUCACAAUGAUUGGUUUGUCUCAUUUAUUAAAUAUUUGAGUAAUCUUUCUAAUAAUACUUUAUCAAACAGUAAAAAUAAGUUCUAGAGUAAUGUAAACACACAAAACUCAGACAUACAGGACUGUUGCUUAAAUGCGAAUAGCAAGGCAUGCAUUAUGAAUAAAUAACAUGAUAUUGGAAAAUAAUGUUUUAAAGCACGCAUAAGCUGCAUAUGUAACUCAGGAGGUUGCAUGUCUUUUCAUGUUUCAAAGAAGGGAUUCUCAGUUGCAAAGUUUCAGACAAAAGCUUGUUAUCAGAUAUGAACAAGAAAACAUUGAAAAUUUGUGUGACUAAUUUGGGAUUUAAUAAUUUUAUGAACUAAAACUAUAAGAAAUGAAAAUAAUACUGUUCUUUCUGCACGUCCCCACCUGCUCAGGAGACUAUGGUCUGAGAAAAAGAGGAAGCUCUCCUUGAUUGUGUAGUGUACAUAUUGUUACUCAUAUACAAUUGUGUUUUUAUACGUUCUUAAUAUGGAAUUUGAGCUUUUGGAUGCUAUUGCAUUAACUGUAACCCAAGCCAUUUUUCAUAUCAGCUACCUUUAAAAAUACACAUUCUGAGCUAUUAAAAGUGUCUGGUUUUA